AUGAAUUUGCCAGACCUCACGGCAAAGCCUGGAUAUGAUGUCUUGAUGUCAACUUUAAUUUCUUUGAGGGAAAAACACAAGGCUACUGAGGAAUCUACAUCAGAUGAAGACGUUGGCAACUUUAGAAUGGCCGAGUGCGCAGGUGGUUAUGAAAAUUCAUUUCUACUCAAUAUCAUUCGCAGUGAUUUAGGUUGGAUUUCCUUAGAAAAUAGGGAUAUUGUUUAUGAUGCGGCUAGUAAAUAUAUGGCCGAAAAAUGUGGAAGAGCUGAUUCUAAUGCAGCGAAACAAACAGCUAUGCCAGAAAUGAGCCGUACAUGGGCUAUUCCGACAUGCGAAAACCAACCCGAAAUAAAUUUUAUUCUACGUGAGCCUUCUAUCACCGGUGAUAACCUAGGACUCAAAACCUGGGCAACAUCGUUUGUUGUUGCCAAAGAUCUGAUAUCGCUGGGUCGUGAUUAUUUUCGUCAUAUUUUAGAUCCUUGUGGAGAUGACUCCAAAAACUUGGCGGUCUCGCAAAUAAGUCAACGUUGCGCUCGGGUCCUUGAACUGGGGUCAGGAACAGGCCUGUUAGGAAUGGCAGCUGCAUCUGUUUGGGGCACAUCGGUCCUUUCCACAGACAUCGAAGCGAUACAGGAUAACCUCCUCUUUAAUAUUCACGAGAAUUUAGAUAAGAUCUCCCUACGGGCUGGUGCAUCUAUAUCUUGUCAAACCCUUGAUUGGAGAUUCCCCGAAGAAACAUCUCCAAUGCCCCAGGCAUUCGAGCUUAUUCUCGUGGCUGAUCCUCUAUACGAUGAUAUCCAUCCACUAGCUCUUGCGCACACUAUCGACUAUUUUCUACAGAAGAAUUCAUGUGCUCGAGUACUAAUAGCAAUCCCUUAUCGUGACGAGCAUACUAUCGCCCUUUUCAAAGAAUUAGAAGAUCAGAUGUUUUCUCGAAAUUUCGAGCUAGUUGAUACGGAUUCAAAAGUUUGUAGAGAUAAAGACUGGGUGGUUAAAACCGUAACUAAAGAUGUUAUGGUCAACUCAACGAUAUGGAAACGCCACGACUCAACCUCUUAA